UCAGCUAUGGAGAACAACACAGAAAAUACAGAGGAGGAGAAGCCGAUUGUAAGCAACGAGAACACAGACAAUAGCGCCGAAACAGCAACAGAAGAACAGCAGAUGGACUUCAGUACAGAAAUUAUAGGUGUCACUGAGAUGGAACAAUCACCUGAUAGUUCCCCUGACCUGAAUGCAGAGAACAUGCAGGAGAGUGAAAUUCCAGAUAUCGAAAGUUUACAGACAACAGAUAUUGAGGCUGGCUUUCCUCCAGAUUUUGACAAGUUCUGGAAAGUAGUGGAGGACAAUCCCCAGGAUUUCACAGGAUGGGUAUAUCUACUACAGUACGUAGAGCAGGAGAACCACUUACCAGCUGCCAGGAAAGCAUUUGACAGGUUUUUCACACAUUAUCCAUAUUGCUAUGGAUAUUGGAAAAAGUAUGCAGACCUUGAGAAGCGACAUGACAACGUUAAGCAGUCUGAUGAGGUGCGUUAAACCUCUACAGUUUGUCAAGCUUUGCAGUGCAAGCCUCUGUAUUACACUGCAGCUUAACAAGUAGGGCAGGGCUUUUCUGUCACUUACAUUUAUUAUUCAUUUUCAAAACAAUAGAGUUGGUUUGCUGGUCACAAUUGCUGCAUCUUAUUGCAUUUUUGGUCAGACGCUGUCAAUGAUGCUCUAAUGGGUCUGUGCCCUAUGGUCUGUACCCCAAAGCCUGCCCACACAACCUGGUCAGAAUGCAGGGACCGCUGCGCUUUGAAGAUCAAGACUCUGCACGUGGAGAUCAGAACAUGGCAAUGUUCUAUCCAACCUCCACCCAAAUGGUUUAUCGCAGAGGGCUUCAGGCAAUUCCUCUUAGUGUUGACCUUUGGAUACAUUAUAUAAACUUCUUAAAAGAGACCUUGGACCCUGCUGAUCCUGAAACAAACAGUACAAUUCGAGGUGCCUAUGAACAUGCAGUCUUAGCUGCUGGGACAGAUUUCCGUUCUGACAGACUGUGGGAAAUGUAUAUAAACUGGGAAAAUGAACAGGGAAACCUAAGGGAAGUUACAUCCAUCUAUGACCGCAUCCUUGGAAUUCCAACGCAGCUGUACAGUCAUCACUUCCAGAGGUUUAAAGAACACAUACAGAACAACUUGCCUCGAGACUUUCUGACUACUGAGCAGUUUGUUCAGCUUCGCAGAGAAUUAGCAUCUGUGAACGGCCACAGCGGGGAGGAUGCACAGCCUGAUGAUGACCUGCCCUCUGGUGCUGAAGACAUAACUGACCCUGCCAAGCUGAUCACUGAGAUAGAAAACAUGAGGCACAGGAUCAUUGAGAUUCAUCAAGAAAUGUUUAACCACAAUGAACAUGAAGUCAGUAAGAGGUGGACGUUUGAAGAAGCGAUAAAGAGGCCUUACUUUCAUGUAAAACCUCUGGAGAAAAUUCAGCUGAAAAACUGGAAAGAGUACUUAGAAUUUGAGAUAGAAAAUGGCACUCAUGAGAGAGUUGUGGUCCUCUUUGAAAGAUGUGUUAUUUCAUGUGCCCUCUAUGAGGACUUCUGGAUUAAGUAUGCCAAAUACAUGGAGAAUCAUAGUAUUGAAGGCGUGAGGCAUGUCUACAGCAGGGCUUGCACUAUACAUCUUCCUAAGAAACCAAUGGUUCAUAUGCUGUGGGCUGCUUUUGAGGAACAGCAAGGCAACAUCGAUGAAGCAAGAAGAAUCUUGAAAACCUUUGAAGAGUGUAUUCUAGGACUAGCAAUGAUUCGCUUGCGAAGAGUGAGCUUAGAACGCAGACAUGGAAACAUGGAAGAUGCUGAACACCUGCUUGAAGAAGCUGUUAGAAAUGCCAAAUCAGUUAGUGAAUCAUCAUUUUAUGCCAUCAAAUUAGCUCGACACCUCUUCAAAGUACAGAAAAAUCUUCCAAAGGCAAGAAAAGUGCUGUCAGAAGCCAUAGAAGUUGACAAAGAAAAUACAAAGCUGUACCUCAACUUGCUUGAAAUGGAGUACAGUGGCGAUCUCAAGCAGAACGAAGAGAACAUCUUGAGCUGCUUUGAUAAAGCUGUCAAUGGCGCCUUGUCUAUAAAAAUGAGGAUUACAUUUUCUCAGCGAAAAGUGGAAUUCCUUGAAGAUUUUGGUUCUGAUGUAAAGAAGCUUCUGGAUGCUUAUGAUGAACAUCAGGCCCUUCUCAAGGAGCAGGAUUCUUUGAAAAGGAGAGCGGAGAACGGGUCAGAGGAGCCAGAUGAAAAGAAAAUGCUAACAGAUGACCCAACAUUUUCAUCGGCACAGAUGAUGGAUGGAGACAUGCAAGUGAAUCAGGCAGCAUACAACUACAAUGCCUGGUACCAGUACAAUUACCAGAAUGCGUGGAAUUACGGACAGUACUAUCAUACAACUUGAUCCGGAGAGUGAGUGCUGCAGUUUCAACAAAGAUGGAAUACAAAGAAAUUAUAUUUUUCUAAAUUAGGGAUGUGAAAGAACUAUUGUAAUACCUGCUUUUUGGUCUUCUGCAUGUGAAGUGAGCUGGUGUUCCCAGGGUAUGUGUGAAGCAAGAUCUGUGUGCUGGUAACCGAUAAAUGGUAUCUCUGUACAACUCUACCAUAAAUGCAUUUGGUUUGUUUUUUUAAUUCCCUGCACUAAUUUAUGGAGGUAUGUGAAGAAUUUUUUUUGGUCUCGGGAUGAUGCUGUGGAUUUAACCAGUAAAGCUGUAGGGGUUUUGCUUUGGUUGGGUUUCCCCCAGGGCCCUUGUGCCACGCCAGCUGCCACAGGAUGCAGCAGCUCUGGUGCACAGCACUUCUCUCCUGCUCUGCUCUCCAGCCCUAUGUCAUGACCUGCUUCUAUCACGACAUCUUCUCUGUGCCCAUGAACCAACACAGACUGCUUUCUUUGUGGUGUUGAUUGAAACUCCGAUGACACUGGCAGCCUUUGCAAGCUGUGGUACGUAUUUUCUAUUCCAGGGGGGGUCAACAAGUAAAAUGCAGUGCAAAAUGAUGUUGCAUUCUUUUUUAAAAAGCACAAACUGUGUUUGGGAUGAUUUUUAUAUUUAGAGUUUUUCAUGUACACAGUGUGAGCAAACUUUUUUUCAUUUUGAUCAAAGUGAUCAUUCCCAUUUUUAUAAUAAAAGCAAGGAAUUCGGUAGUCC